CAACACUUUACUAUCAAUAUUACCGUGUGUCGCUCACUGCUUUCAAUCAUCGAGACAUAGGUCAAGAUGGCAUCAAGUAGUGGUAGUAGAGACGUGGCUGCUCGGCGCAGAGAUAUCGAGGGUCAUGGGAGCAAACCCCUCGAUUGGGCACCGUCUCCUUCAAGACAGGUGUGGAUGCUUUCUGCUCUCAUGUUCAGUAUGAUGCUUUGUGGAUGGGUUGAAGGCUCAGUAGGCCCUUUGUUACCGUCCUUACAGGCUUACUACAAACAAAAUUACGCAACGAUGUCUUACGUGUUUGUCACUGGUUUCAUCGGCUCCUUGGGUUCAGGGUUCCUUUCCGUCUACAUCACCGACAAAUUAGGGUUCGGAAGAACAAUCCUGCUCGGUGCUCUUGCCGUCGCUCUCGCCUAUGGCUUGACCUCUAUUCGAGGCACAUUCUUCCUCUUCAUUUUCUCCUACGGAGUCAAUGGUUUCGGCGGAGCCAUCAUCGAUGCCCAGGCCAAUAGUUUCGCAUCUCGUCUCCCGGCUGUCCCAUCUGGAGUCUUCCAAGUCCAAGCUUGCUUUGCUCUAGGAGCGACCAUUGCUCCACUCGUCAGUACUUUCAUCGUCGAGCGAUUCCAAGGUCGUCCUCAUCUCUUUUUCCUUGUCGCCAUGGGUGUUUCAUUGGUCAAUGCUUUGAUCCUUGUCAUCGCCUUCAAGGGCAAGACUGAGAAGCAAUUGCUCGGAGCAGGAGCCGAUGCAGCGCCCAUUGAUGACUCGCACGCCGUUGAACGAGACUUGGCACGGGAAGACCAGCCUCUGUUGCCCCGAAAGCGGAAACAGCAAGAGACCCGUGGUAGUGGAGAGAAAAUGCUUGCGUUGUUGGGAAAUCCCACUGUGUGGUCAGUCCUUGGCUGGGUCUUCUUCUACUGUGGUGCCGAGAUGGCGAUCAGUGAAUAUCUUACAUCAUAUCUCAUCACUGAGCGAAAUGCGACCAUCUCGGCAGGAUAUGCAAGUGUUGGGUUCUGGUCUGCCAUGACUAUCAGUCGAUUCCUUUUUGCUCCCCUGAGCAGGAAACUGGGAUGGUAUAACUCUGUGUACAUCUACUCCAUCAUCAGUAUCGGUGGUCAGGUCAUUGGCUACCUGACUCCUUCCGACGUCGGAACUUCCAUCGCUUUCGCCCUCAUUGGACUGAUGUAUGGCCCAAUGUGGCCAAAUGUCUUGAUGGUCACCGCUGAAGAGCUCGACGAAGAUCUUCGAGUAGGUAUCAUCAGCUUCAUGGGUACCACCAGUGGUCUUGGCACGGCCAUACUGCCAAUUGCAUUUGGUGCAAUCUUCGACCGUUGGGGCAUCUGGAUCUUCCCUCACCUUGUCGGCAUCAUGGUGGUGCUUUCGAUGCUUUGCUGGUCGUUGAUGAAGAGGAAGAGCCACACUCACGCGGAGUAAUUGGGUCUCUGAACUGUAGUAGAUGUGCAAGUGUCCGCUCGCGAAGCCGGAUCUCGCGUUCGUCCAAGAUGGGUAGUAAAGGGAGCGCGCGCAUGCAAGGGAGCAU